AUGUCCGGCCCCUUCAUCCCCAUCAUUCCCCUCUGCUUCCAAUGCGGCACGGACCAGAAUCCCUGCCGGUGCAAAUUCGUCGGACCGACAUUAGGAUUCAUCACGACUAUUGUUGCUGCUGUUGUUUGCUAUCCGGCGUCUCUCUUUUGCGGUUGUUGCUUCACGAAGACCGGGAAGGACAUGUUGGGGUUUCCGGUGAAGUUGAAUGGGAUUGUUUCUGAUGCGAUACCAAUAUAG